GUUGCCCUUUUAAAUACUUUGUAUUAUGUCUCAUAAGACACAUAAUUCACUCAUCAUAAAUACUAAAUGCAUUGUGUUACCAUAUAAUAUACACACACUUCAUUUUCAUUCAUUCUUCUUCUUCUUCUAGUUGCUAGUAACUAAUUAACUUCUAUAUAUCACUAAUCUCAUAUCACCAUGAAUGCACACUCCAAUUCCAACAAUAUUAUUCCAUUCUCAACACCCUUUCUUCUUCCCUCUCAAGACCACUCUGUCCUCGAGUUCGACUCGCUCCACGACACUCUAUCUCAAAUCAACAACUCGGAUUUGAGCAGUGGUUAUAGCAGCUAUGGUGGAUCACCUUCACCAAGUACUCCUAUCAGCUUGAUGCAGAGGAGUAUUAGUAGUCAUUCCCUUCACCACAAUAAUGGGACUCGCCAUCAUCCCUUUUCUGCUUUUUUUGCUGAAUUGCUCGAAUCAGACAAUACUCCGGUGAGGAAAGUUUGCAGUACCGGCGACCUGCAGAGGAUUAAUGGAAUGCAACAUAAUCAUCAUCAUGUGGAUAGUCCACUGUCUAGUGAAAGUAGUAUGAUCAUAGAAGGUAUGAGCAGAGUUUGUCCAUAUAGCCCAGAAGAGAAGAAAGUCAGAAUUGAAAGAUACAAAACAAAGAGAAAUCAGAGGAACUUCAACAAGAAAAUUAAGUAUGUUUGCAGGAAGACAUUGGCAGACAGGAGGCCACGAAUCAGAGGACGGUUUGCAAGGAAUGAUAAAAUUGAUAAGACCGCGAAAGUUGAGUGGAGCCACAUUGGUGGUGGAGAGGAAGAGGAUCAAGAAGAUGAGAAUUGGAUCAAUAUCUUUGAUUCCAUAGUUGCUGCAAAUCUUGAUCAUGAUGAGUUUGAAGGCAGUUCCUCCUUUGGUCUAUUGUAUUAGAAUAAUUAUAAGUUGGUUAAGUUUAGCAAGUUUUUUUUUUUGUUUUUACAAUUUCAAAAGUAUUAUUGUGGUGCUCUUUUAGUUUAGAUCAAAUUAAGUAUUAAUGUAAAUAUAUUUAUCUUUAUUUGAGUCAUGUCCAUAUAUGCAUUUUUAGACCUUAAUCAUGUAAAUAUAUUUAUCUUUUUUAUAGGAUUUAGAAUCAAUGUAUAAGUAUUAUUGAAUCAAACUUUGUUAAUAAGUCUA